AUUAUCUUCUGUCCCCCUCCAACUCGAUCCCAGCUCCAACGUCAACCCCCAAAUAUAUUUUCUGAGUUCUCACGAACCACGUUCUUUGCACAUACAUCUUUUUUUGGGUGGCGUUUGGGAAACGGAUACCCACUGCAGUGUGAUUGACGCAAGUAUAUCGAGAAAAUGCCGCCCCGGAGGUCGCACACAAAGUCGCGAACAGGUUGUCAGAGAUGCAAGAGCCGCAGAAUAAAGGUAUGACCCGAGUACGGAUACGGCGCUGAACGGGUUAGGCAUCAACGAUUUUCAUACUGCGUGGAUGUACGAGCAUAGUUCGAUUUGCUAACCCUUGCCUCCAGUGCGAUGAGACCCAUCCUUCGUGCAACAACUGCAUCAAUCAUGCUAUUGUCUGUGAUUUCUCACUGCUUCUCGAAGAGCAUCGCGCUACUUCCCAGGAGGUUCAGGCGGCUCCGCGAGUCACUGCUGCACAUGUGAUGACACCGUCAUCGACCGCGGCUUCAUCACCUGCGGAGCUCCCAACGCCUCGUUAUUCACCCAGCGUGCCUGAUGUCCAACAGUCACGCGCGCUGGAGCUGAUGGACUCUAUGCCUUCGCUUAUCUUCACGGGAGCAUUAGACGAUGACGAUGGCUGGGGAGAAGCACCUGGGAUAUCUCCGUGGUAUCCCAUCACGGUUUUCUGCACGAUCGGGCCCAGCGGCUGCAGUGAUAGUGAUACUAUGGAUCCUCUCCUUCUCCACAGUACCGACGGCAUGGAGUGGUACAAUCCAGGGCUGCCGUCUCCAUCCCCGUCAUCACUGCCUUCACCAUCCCAUAACGCAACAUCGGCGAGCCAACUUUCGAUCUCCCGUCCCUUGUAUCCAGGAAUCGCAACAGUGCAACAGACCAGUCUCAAUGUGCUCGACCUCUCACUGAUGCAUCACUGGUCAACCUCCACUAGCUACACAGUCACCAGCCGCGGGGAUGUCCAGCAACUAUGGCGCAUCCACAUCCCGGUGAUGGCCUUCCAGCACCCAUUCCUGAUGCACUCGACCCUCGCCGUCUCCGCACUCCACCUGCACUCCAAAGAAUCCGACCCCUCCAAGAACCAACCCCUCCUCUCCGCCGCCACUCACCACUACGAGCGCGCUGUUCGCAGUCUCGCAGCGAGCCUCACGAACAUCACUCCGGAUAACUGCCAAGCGAUAUUCGUCGCGGCGGGGCAAGUCGCGAUCUUCUCCUUCGUAGCCUCGCGCAUCAGCGACACCAGCGGGCACAAGCCCUCCCAGAUCGCCUCCUGGAUCCCUUUGCUCCGCGGCGUCAAGAGCAUCCUGAUGCGGUCCUGGGACUGGGUGAUAACCAGCCCGCUCGCACCGAUCAUCACGCAGCACCAAGCCACAGGCAUCGACGCGCUUGACGCCGAGACCGAGCAGGCGAUCCAGAGCCUGUACCGGCUGUGCACGGACCGCACGCUGCCGGACGCAGGCGAGCUGUCGGACCCCACCGUCUCGACCGCGUACUUCUCCGCGAUCGCGGAGCUGCGCCGCGCCUUCACCGAAGUCUCGAGCUGGGACUCCGUCCUCGGCGAUAUCUUCAAGUGGCACAUCUUUGUCGCCGACCGCUUCGUAGAGCUGCUGAACGCGUGCCGUCCCCGUGCCCUGGUCAUCUUUGUGCACUACUGUGCACUGUUCACUCGCUUCGAGAAGUCCUGGUGGGCCAGGGGCAGCUUCGUCCAUGAGCUCAGGAAGUGUGAGAAACAUCUCGGCGAGGAGUGGAGGCCGUGGAUCACGUGGCCGAGACUCAUGAUUCUUGCGGGGAACAUGGAGGGUGCAGCGAACAUGGAGGGUGCGGGAUUGCCGGGGGGAAGGAUCUGAGCUGCUGCUAUGUAUUGACCGGUUGUGUUUUCUUCCUGUUUGGGUUUGGGUAUCGGGAGUUUUGUGUAUUGUACUGUAGUUUGAUAUCCGAAG